AACUGUAUCUUUCCACGCUGCAAGCGAACUCGCAGCGAGCGAGGCUUCCGAAGCUUCCAGAAACCAACCGUCGCUCAGCUUUAAAAGGCCCCCUCUCCCAUUUCAUUGCCGACCGCUGUUUUCAAUUUCUUUUACGAUUUCCUUCGCAUCCGAUCCCUUGUUCUGGAGCGAUGAGGAGUUUCGUUGUCAGAUCCAUCGAGUCCGCCCUCCGGCGCCGCGGGGCCGCCUCAUCUAACCGCCGUCUCUUCUCCUCCGACUCCGCCCCCGAGCGCAAGGUUGCCAUCCUCGGCGCUGCCGGCGGGAUCGGCCAGCCCCUUGCCCUUCUCAUGAAGCUUAACCCCCUCGUCUCCAACCUCGCCCUCUACGAUAUCGCCGGCACCCCCGGAGUCGCCGCCGACGUCGGCCACAUCAACACCCGCGCCCAGGUCGCCGGCUAUGUGGGCGAGGAGCAGCUCGGUAAGGCUCUCGAGGGCUCCGAUGUGGUGAUCAUCCCGGCCGGCGUGCCAAGGAAACCCGGCAUGACUCGUGAUGAUCUCUUCAACAUCAAUGCUGGCAUCGUCAAGUCGCUCUGCACAGCCAUCGCGAAGUACUGCCCCAGCGCUGUUGUUAAUAUGAUAAGCAACCCAGUGAAUUCAACUGUGCCAAUUGCAUCCGAGGUGUUCAAGAAAGCGGGAACAUAUGACGAGAAGAAGCUGUUCGGUGUCACUACUCUCGAUGUUGUCAGGGCCAAAACUUUCUACGCUGGGAAAGCGAAGGUUCCGGUAGCUGACGUUAAUGUUCCAGUUGUUGGUGGGCAUGCUGGCAUAACCAUCUUGCCUCUGUUUUCCCAGGCAACUCCUGCUAGUAAUGAUUUGGCCACCGAGGACAUCAAGGCUCUCACGAAGAGAACCCAGGAUGGUGGUACGGAGGUUGUGGAGGCAAAGGCUGGAAAAGGCUCAGCAACAUUGUCUAUGGCAUAUGCAGGAGCUAUCUUUGCAGAUGCAUGCUUGAAAGGUCUUAAUGGGGUUCCUGACAUUGUUGAGUGUUCAUUUGUACAAUCAAGCAUCACAGAGCUGCCAUUUUUUGCUUCUAAGGUGAGGCUCGGGAAGAACGGAGUGGACCAAGUACUUGGGCUCGGGCCAUCUCUGUCUGAUUAUGAGAAAGAAGGAUUGGAAAAUCUUAAACCUGAGCUUAAGGCCUCCAUUGAGAAGGGAAUCAAGUUCGCAAAGGACAACUAGCUUAAGACCUUUUAUUUCUGACUUCUUUACAAUUGACCAUCAAAAUUUUGUCAAAAGGCCUCUUUCUCUUUUGUCGCUAAUUAUGACGGCAUUGAAACUUUGUUAUAAUGAGCCAUGCAUGCAAACUGUGAUGAAAACAUAUUUCACUGACCAACAAAUUGCACAUGGUGUUCAGCGUAUGCUUUCGAUUUAAUGUACUGUAGACUUCGAAUGAAGUAAGCCAAUAUCACAAUUAUUCUUUUAGCA